GGCAUUAAACGCAGGCCGAGCGCUCGUGCACUGUCGCCAAGCGAGCUAUUGUCACGUUAUAGUUUUUAAAUUUUUUGUUAUUUAUUCUGAUAAAACUCUAAAAAUAUCCUGAUGUUUCGACCUGAAUGGGUCUCCUUUGAUGUAUAGAUAGAAAAGAUGUUUAUCUAGUAACUAAUUUCAACUAGCUGGGUUAGUGUUGGGGUCAGAAAUCUCAGGAGCUUGCUUGGUCUCCACCACGCUGCUUCUUCUUCUUCUUCUUCUUCUUCUUCUUCUUCUUCUUCUUCUGGACUUUUGAGUUCCCCCCCUUUUACCUGCUGCCUUGCUUGUGACCUGUGUGAAGUUCCUGUGCUUUUGGUCUUCAUCCUGAAACAAGAUGCCAGCUGCACUUGCAGAUACGAGUCAGAUCAUCUGCGAGGUCUGGGCCAGCAACGUGGAUGAGGAGAUGAGGAAAAUCCGCCAGAUCAUUCAGAAUUACAACUACAUCGCCAUGGACACGGAGUUCCCCGGCGUGGUGGUCCGACCCAUCGGAGAAUUUCGCAGCACGGUUGAUUAUCAGUAUCAGCUCCUGCGUUGCAAUGUGGAUCUGCUGAAAAUCAUUCAGCUCGGUCUCACCUUCAUGAAUGAAGACGGCGACUAUCCCCCCGGGACCACCACCUGGCAGUUCAACUUUAAAUUCAAUUUAACAGAAGACAUGUACUCGCAGGACUCCAUAGACCUGCUGCAGAACUCGGGCCUUCAGUUUAAGAAGCACGAGGAAGAAGGGAUCGAUACGCUGUACUUCGCAGAGCUCCUCAUGACCUCAGGCUUGGUGCUGUGUGAAAACGUGCGGUGGCUCUCCUUUCACAGCAAAUCCUCAUUCAAGAUCUUCUGUCUUGUUCCUGGCAGCGGAUACGACUUUGGCUACCUGGUGAAGCUCCUCACAGACGCUCGCCUCCCGGAGGAGGAGCACGAAUUCUUUCAGAUCCUGAACCUCUUCUUUCCUGCCAUCUAUGAUGUGAAGUAUCUGAUGAAGAGCUGCAAAAACCUGAAGGGUGGACUUCAGGAAGUUGCAGACCAGCUGGAGCUGAAGAGGAUCGGGAGACAGCAUCAGGCCGGCUCGGACUCUCUGCUGACCGGAAUGGCCUUCUUCAGGAUGAAAGAGUUAUUCUUCGAGGACAACAUCGACGACGCUAAGUACUGCGGCCGGCUCUACGGCCUGGGCUCGGGUUCUUCUCAGACUCAGAACGGCAUCUCCAACUCGUCACAAGAAGAAACCAACAACAAGCACUGACUUCCGACGCACCAUGCACUUGUUUUUAAUCCCUCAGAGCAGAGCAGAUACUGGAUUCCUUUAUUUUUUCCUUCAUCCUUCAACCACAUUCAUGUUAGAAUGAUGGAGAAACACCAAAACACCAGACCAAACCUCUCAAAAAACCAGUUCUGCUGUUACACCCGGUCCAAACAAAAACGAACAGAUAUCCGACUCCAGCUCUCCUGCGUAGCGGCGAUCAUUCAUUCCUCAUCAAGCGCAUCGUUCCUCCUGGACAUUUUAUUCGUUUGUUUUACAGCAUUAAACAACUGAGAAAAAUAUUUUUUAAGCACAGGACUAGCACCUCGUAUCUCCCGGAUAACACGACUCACAGCGUUUUUAAUAUGCUCCACCAGCAGUUCGGCACAAUCUUGUUUAGGAUUGAUUUUUUGUAAAAAAAACAACAAAACAAAAACAAGGCUUGAAGAGAUCCGGUGCAGUCCAGCUAUAACACAAGAAACAUCUGCUCAGUGUUGAAAUCUUUUAAAUUAUGCUGCGAAGUGUUGUGUAUUAAAAUGUAAAGUUUUCAAAGGAGCCGAUCUUUUAGCAUUUUUCCUACGAGAAAAAAAAAAGUUUUAAAUCUGGACUUCUUUGUUACGGAUCAAGGUGCAGGGGGUCACUGGUUCUGUGCAGAACGUCCUUUAAUUUGUCCACCAUGAAACAGGUUGUUUGUGGUACGUAUUGUUUUUAUUCCAUCCGAUGUUUAAAACUCUUGUAUAUUAAAAUGUUUUCUAUCAA